GGGGAGGCCCAGCUGCAGCUCCUGCUGGGCAGAUGGAGCGCUUCCACUGGGUGCAGCAUCGCUGUCGACAGCUGCUGGCCGGAGACUCGGAGCGAGGCUGGUACUCCUCGCCUGAUGGCCUCCCUAAUAAGAGCUACCUGGACUCCCACAGCUCCCCGCAGAGGCUCAGUGGGAAGAGGAGGACGGUGCUCGCCCGCCACGGCCCCCACCAACAGGAAUACGAAGCUGUAUCCAAAAAGUACAAGGGCAACGCCAUCCGAACCACCAAAUACAGCUUGUUGACUUUCAUCCCCAUGAACCUGUUCCAGCAGUUUCACAGGGUGGCCAACCUGUAUUUCCUCUUCCUGGCGCUGCUCAACUGGGUGCCGGUUGUGGAGGCAUUUGAGAAGGAGGUUACUAUGAUCCCCCUGCUCGUGGUCCUCACGGUUAUCGCCAUCAAAGAUGCACUCGAAGACUACAGGCGCUACUUGUUCGACAAGAAGGUCAACAACAACGUGGUGCGAGUCUUCUGCGGAAAUCAGAAUGCCUACAUGGACCGGUGCUGGAAGGAUGUGCGGGUCGGAGACUUUGUKCAGCUGUCCUGUAAUGAAAUCAUCCCUGCUGACCUGCUGCUGCUGUACUCCUCUGACCCCCAUGGGGUUUGUUACAUUGAGACGGCAAACCUGGACGGAGAGACCAACCUGAAACAGAGACAGGUGGUUUCAGACCUCCCUCUCCAGGGGGUAGACUUCACCCCUCAAAGCUUCCACAGUCGUAUUGAGUGUGAGAACCCCAACAACGACCUCAGCAGGUUCAGAGGUUACAUAGAGCAUUCAAGUGGGGUUCGCGUCGGCCUCCACAGCAGCAACCUUCUGCUGCGGAGCUGCACCAUCAGGAACACGGAGACGGUGGUCGGCAUCGUGGUUUAUGCUGGUCAUGAGACUAAAGCCAUGAUGAACAACAGCGGGCCGAGGUACAAGCGCAGCAAGCUGGAGAAACGCCUGAACACAGACGUCCUGUGGUGCGUCUUCCUCCUCUUCGUCAUGUGUCUGACUACUGCUUUAGGUCACGGCUUCUGGUUGAAGAACCUCAAAAACCCUAUUUUUGGGGUUGAUGGCGAGACGUCGCCUGCUCUGUCUGGGUUCUACGUUUUCUGGACUAUGAUCAUUGUGCUCCAGGUGCUCAUCCCCAUUUCUUUGUACGUCUCUAUUGAGAUUGUAAAACUGGGUCAGAUCUACUUCAUCCACAACGACGUGGACCUGUACAACGACCAGCUGGACUGCAGGAUCCAGUGCCGGGCUCUCAACAUCACAGAGGACCUGGGUCAGAUCCAGUACCUGUUCUCGGACAAGACGGGAACGCUGACUGAGAAUAAGAUGGUGUUUCGUCGCUGCAGUAUUUAUGGGGUUGAAUAUCCUCAUGAGGAAAACGCUCGGAGGCUGGAGGUGUACGAGGCGGAGGAGGACGAGGCGGCCGGUCGCACCGUGACUCUGAAGUCGGGCUUCAGCGGGAAAUCCCUGAGCUGUCGCUCCGUCAGCUGCAACCGCAGCUCCGUGUCCCUGCACACGCUCACUGCUGAGUCGUCAGAGGAGGAGGACCAGCUGCCCAAUCAUGUCCCAGCGAGGACGGGCGUCUUCUGCAGCCGCAUGGCGAAGGACGUGGUCCCGGACCCUGAUCUGGUCAGGAAGUUGAACUGUCUCUGCUCUUCAGCGCUGCGUCUGAGAGACGUCUCCACGGAGACGUUGUCCAGCCUGGAGCUCACCUACAUCACCGACUUCUUCCUGGCUCUCGCCAUCUGUAACAGUGUGGUGGUUUCCUCUCCCAGCCAGCCUCGCCAUGUGGUGACUGAAGCUCAAACUCCUCUGAAGUCUCUUGAGGAAAUAAAAUUGAUGUUCCAGCGUCUCAGCUUCUACCGUCCUCAAAUAAAAAGCAGCUUCACCAGCAGGCUGUUCGCUCGGGGGAAGACCGGCUCCUUCACCCUCCCCUUCCCCUCCAACAGCAGCAGAGAUGGGUCCGACCCAGCUCUGGAGAGCAACCAGGAGACCGUCAGAGCUCAGGUGGACCUUUUAGCCAAAGGAGGUGGAGAUAACUCCGUAAAUACGGAGGAGCAGGAAGAGCUGGAGGUCGACGUGGAGGCAAAAUGUGACGAGCUCCAGCAGGACGAGGAGGACCUGAACGGAGACGUGGAGCCGGAGGACGAGCUGCUGUACGAGGCGGAGAGUCCCGACGAGGCGGCUCUGGUCCACGCGGCUCGAGCGUACCACUGCACCCUGAGGGCCCGGUCCGCCGAGAGCCUGCUGGUGGAUCUGCCGGGAGUCGGCUCGCUGUCGGUGCAGCUGCUCCACAUCCUGCCCUUCGACUCCAACAGGAAGAGGAUGUCUGUGGUGGUCCGCCACCCGCUCACAGGACAGGUGGUGGUUUACACCAAGGGGGCCGACUCCGUCAUCAUGGAUCUGGCUGAAGCGCCGAAAGGUGCAGAGCAGCAGCUCUACAGUCACAUCAGAGAUCAYACCCAGAAACAUCUGGAUUCUUACGCCAGAGAGGGUCUGCGCACGCUCUGCAUCGCAAAAAAGGUUCUAGAGGAGGAGGAGUACGAGGUGUGGUUGAAGAGGCAGCUGCUGGCGGAGAGCAGCAUCGAGAACAGGGAGGAGUUACUGCUGGAGUCGGCUCAGAGGCUGGAGACCAACCUGAACCUGCUGGGCUGUACGGGGAUCGUAGACCGGCUGCAGGAGGACGUCCCGGAGACCAUCGAGGCCCUUCAGAGGGCGGGGAUCAAAGUUUGGGUCCUGACUGGAGACAAACAGGAGACYGCCAUCAACGUCGCCAACGCCUGCAAACUUCUGCGCGUCGACGAUCAGCUGCUGACUGCAAACUGUGGAAGCAAGGAUUCGUGUGCCUCUCUACUGGAGGAGCUCGUACUUGAAGUCCAGGGAUGUGGAGCCAGUUUGACCAAGUCGGCUGAAGCAUCGUCCCCCGGCGGCGGCCCCAGCUUCAUCCUGGUCAUCGACGGCCGGACGCUGGAGUGGGCUUUGCAGGACGAGCUGAAAGGCAGCUUCCUGGAGCUGAGCCGUAAAUGCAAGGCGGUGAUCUGCUGUCGGUCCACCCCGCUGCAGAAGAGCAAGGUGGUCCACCUGAUCCGAGACAAGCUCGGUGUCAUGGCCCUGGCUGUGGGUGACGGAGCUAACGAUGUUAGCAUGAUCCAGGUGGCGGAUGUAGGAAUCGGGAUAUCUGGUCAGGAGGGGAUGCAGGCUGUGAUGUCCAGCGACUUCGCCAUCUCCAGGUUCAAACACCUCAGGAAGCUGCUGCUGGUUCACGGCCACUGGUGCUGCCACCGGCUCGCAAACAUGAUCCUCUACUUCAUCUACAAGAACGUGAUGUACGUGAAUCUGCUGUUCUGGUAUCAGUUCUUCUGUGGUUUCUCCGGGAGCGUCAUGAUCAACGCCUGGGUGCUCAUCCUCUUCAACCUGGUCUUUACUUCAGUUCCUCCGAUCAUCUACGGCGUCCUGGACCAGGACAAACCCGCAGAAACGCUGAUGACGCUGCCUGAGCUCUACAAGACUGCGCGGACCUCCAAGAUUUAUGUUCCCUCCACGUUCUGGGUCACAAUKCUUGAUGCCUUUUACCAAAGCCUCGUCUGCUUCUUCGUGCCUUACUUUGCGCUGGCCGGAUCCGAUGUGGGAGAGCUGUCCUUGGGCUCACCGAUCAGUGCCUCGGCCCUCCUCAUCAUCCUGCUGCACCAAGUCAUCGAGAGCAACUCACUGACGUGGAUUCACGUCCUGGUGUUGGUGCUCAGCGCCGGCUCGUACUUCGUCUUCACUCUGCCCUUCAGUGCCUUCUGCGUGGUCUGCGGUAACCCCACCAACCUGUUCGGGGUGGAAGCACAUGAGCUGUCGCAGCCGCUCUUCUACAUCACCUGCGCUCUCACUACGGUCACCGCUCUGUUACCAAGGUGGUUGUUUCGGAUUCUGCACAACACCCUGUCCGCCUCUGCUGAUCUGAGGUCGGCUCAGCAAGACGAGGCCGACACGGAGCGGUACCACAGGAGGAUGCAGCGCUGGAACCUGAAGCACUCCAGGGCCAACAGGGUGCCGGUGUGUGCCGACAACCCCGGCCUCGACUCCAGCAUGACCGACGUGGUGUCCUGACCCCCACAGAUUACUGCUUUUACAACCCAAACCCAAACCGGCAAGUMGCCUGAACUGUAAAAGGUCCUGAAGGAUUUGAAGACCUUUGGUGCAAUAAACAGUUGGUUUCACUCUGCAGCUUUUUCUAGCAGAGCGGACCGAUUCUGUCACUUAUGACUGAUGCUAAAAAACACAACCAGCAUCUAAAAACCUCCUCGUAAAAGGAAUGUAUAUUUUCUUCUAUCGUCUGAAUCUCUGAUAACCAAACACUGACAUGCUGGUUGGAACYUGUUUACAAAUGUCAGCUGAUCAUGACCACAGGUGUGUUUUUGUUGUUUACCUGCUCAGCUGGGGUAAACGAAGAAAUAAUCGGACAGAUUUUUUUUUGAACGUGUGUGUUUUUAUUUAUUUGCUGUAACCAACAAUCAGAAGCAGCUUCAGUUUACAUGAAGGACGUGACGUCGGGAAACGGAAGUUAAAUCUGAGCUGGAUGGUUGUAAAUCUGGAACAAUGUAUUAGUUUUUUUUUCAUAAUGUUAACUAAACAAUAAUUUGAUUUUCAAACAAGCUCUUAUCCUGACUUUAAAGGAAAUGUUGCGCACGGUCCUUCAAACCAGCUUUUGAUGGUUUUAAGCAGAACCACUCAGGUGUUUAAAGUGCCUCAUUCCUCCGAUUUCAAUACAGAUUUAAAAGCAAUAAAUAAUAAGAGAUGAAUGCACCUUACAGCCUCCAGGUCCAUCAGAUCGUUGCUUUAAAAUCUAAACCCACAGCUACCAAAGAAGAGUUUCAUCAUGUGUAGGAAUUCAGUUUUUGUACUGGUUUUAUGCCUCUAAUAAUAAACUGACUUGGCAAUGAAUAAAAUGUUUGGACUUUGUGCGCCCCCCCUCAUUGUGUCCUGGAACAACCUGCAGGGAAGGGGUGGGGUUAGUCAUUAACAAAGCUGUAUACUAUACAAUAUAGAAAUAUACAGUUUAAGAUUUGUUGAAUGUAUUUCUUGUCAGAUCAUCAGAAACAGGUGAGUGGGGAAAGAAACUACAAAAUUUAAAAUGUGCUGCUUUUAAGAAAGUUUUUGAAUCAAAGCUAAAGCAUUUUGGAGAAAAUGUGGAGCUGUUGGUUUCAUGCACUGAAAUUGAACUGAAAGCACACACAAAUAGUGAAAGUUUAGGUUUUUUUUAUUCAAAGUUGUUGGAAAUGUCUGAUUAAAACACUGAGUUGCAAAAUCUUUUCA